GCGAGAAGAUUUAGUCAUUGUUUCUGAUCGUCACCAAAGCAUUGCGAAUGCGAUGAGUCAUGUCUUCCCUUCUGUCCCACAUGUCUUUUGUUUCUUCCACCUUAAGCAAAACUUGAAGAAACGUUGUAGACAGCGAAAAGAUGUGAUGACUGCAUUCUACCUUGCAGCAUACAGUUACACCACAAUAGAGUGUGAUACAUACUUGGCAGAAAUACAAUCGAUGCAUCCUCAGACUCAUCUGACAUUGAUGGAAGCAGGACCGAAAAAGUGGUCACGUGCAUAUUGUCCAAGAAGAAGAUAUUCCAUGAUGACCACCAACAUUGCCGAGUCUCUCAAUAAAUGCAUGAUGAAAGCACGUCGGUUGCCUAUAACAAGUGCACAUGAAUUUUUGAGACAUAUGCUUCAGAAAUGGUUUAGUGAUAGACGUGCUGCAGCUGCCAGACUCGAAACCAUUGUGACCUCCGCUGCAGUGGCACAUGUUAACUUGGCGCAUGCCAAAACAUUAGACCGAGGAUGUCGUGUAGUUCCUAUAAUACAAGGGAACAAAUACCUCGUGCAACAUGCAAAGGAAGGCGAUGGGAUAGUUGACAUUGUUGCGAGUACAUGCAGUUGUCGCAAGUGGGACAUUGAUCAAAUGCCAUGUCUUCAUGCAAUUGCUGCUAGCAGUUUCAUGAGGGUGCACUACCAUAUGCUUUGCCAUUCAUAUUACACUGCAGAUUGGGUCAGACGUGCAUAUGCACUUCCCAUCAAUCCUCUCCCUAACAAGGCCGCUUGGGUUCUUCCAACGUACGUCAGACAGAUAGUUAUACUCCCACCUGUGCAAAGACGACAACCGGGUAGACCGAGAAAUGGUCGAAUUCCUUCCAUGGGGGAAGCUCGUCGAAGAAAAAAAUGUGGAAAAUGCGGUGAACUAGGACACAACAGUCUUGGUUGCCCUAAUGAAUGGACUUCCUCCAUUGGAGAGUCGAGCACAGCCACUACUCCGGAAUCCAGGGACGCUGCUAGGGCCUCUGCAAGGGCAAGCCGGAAAUGCAGCAUUUGCAAAGAGACUGGACACACUCGUCGUCGGUGCCCUAUACAGUUGUCAAUUCCAAGUGAUGAUAAUAUUGUCAAUGAUGAAAACAAUCAAUAGACAUUGACUCAUUCAGCAAUGCUCAAAAAUCACUGGCACGAUACAAAAAGGAUGACAACAUCAAUCAAAUAUCUUUUUGUCGG